AUGAUAUUACAAAUAAAAUUUAAAAAUGUAAAAAACUGUUUUAAAAUCUUAACUCAUUUAAAAAAUGAAAGAAAAAGAACAUUCUUAACAUACAAGGAAAUUGAAUGCAUCAUUCCCAUUGCUGAUGAUAAUAACCAUCCUAAAAAAAAUAUUAACAGUCAUAUAUAUAAUAUUAAUAAUUAUAAUGACAAAAAUCAAAAUAAAUAUGACCAUAAUGAUAACAAACCAAAUACCAACUUUAAUUUGCAAAAUGAACAAAAUAAAAUAGUGUAUGACAAUAUAAACGAUUUAAAUGAAUUAUGUUUAAAAAAAUUUAAAAAAAUAAAAUCUGAACUGUGCAUACAAACAUCAUCAAACAGGGAAUAUAUUCCAUUUCAUUUUUAUGACACAUUUUUAUCAAACACCACGUUUCAAAAAAAUUGUGUUAAUUAUGUAGACAAUGUUAUUAAUUUAAAGGGACACGAAGAAAAUUCCUUUUUUUCGUUUGAAAAUACAGACAAAAAGAAUGAAGAAAAUAAAAAUAAAGAUAGCAUCAUUAUAAGAAGUUUAACUGAUUGUUUUAAUGAUAAUAGACAUGAUAUAAUAUCCGAAAAUAUAACUAACGAUGAUGCACGUGAAACAUUGAAUAAUAUAAAAAACAAUUCUGAACAUAACAAUAAAAAUAUGACCAAGUCAGAAAUUUCGUCACAAAAUAUAUUUAAUAAGUCUUACAUUGAGAAAUUAUGCAAAUAUAAAUAUUUACAGAAUAUAAACAUUGAUUCAUAUAUAAAAUUAAGUCUUUUGAAAAACUUUAAUAUAAAAUAUUUGACUACUAAUCAAUAUUGUUUAUUUCCACUUUUUUUUAAAGAUUUAGAUUUACUUGUUUAUUCAUUCAAAGGAUCUGGGAAAACGAUUGGAUAUUCUAUCCCAUUGUUACAUAAAAUUAUAAUACAAAUAAACAAAUUAAAAAAAUAUCAUAAAAUUAAAGAGAAUUAUGUGCAUGCUUUAAUCAUUUGUCCAAAUAUUAUUUUAGUAGAACAGACAUAUAAUAUCAUUAAAAAAUUAAUAAUGUAUCAUCCAUAUAAUAUAGUAUGUCAUUAUAUUCAUGGUAGAAAAAAUAUGAACAUGCAAGGUGAAAUAAAUGAAUUAAAAAAAAAAAAACCUCAUAUAAUUAUUACAACCCCGGUGUCUUUUAUUAAUCAUAUAAAAUAUUCGACUUCUUUUUCUAACUUAUUUUUUUUAUGUGAUACAAUAAUUAUUGAUGAAGCUUAUUUUCUUUUAAAUCAAAAUUACCUAAAAAAUAUAUUAAUAAUAAAAAAUAUAUUACCUAAAGGACAUCAAACAAUUUUAUUAACAUGCAUAGUUAAUAAUUUUUUAAAACAAUUAGCAUAUAGAUUGUUACGUUUAAAUUAUUUAUAUUUAAAUUUUGUACAUAAUUGUAUAUUUGAUAAUAAUGUUUUCUAUUCUUCUAUUAUUAUGAAUAUGAUUAAUUUUAAUUCAAAUGAUAAAAGUUCUUAUCAAAAAUAUUAUGAGCAUGUACAGAAUUUACAAUUCCAACUUUAUCAUAAAUUUAAUGAUCAGUUAUUAAAAAUCUAUCAAAACAAUAUAUUAAAUUGUGAUGAUGUAGGCAAACUUUGGUAUGCUAAAGAUUCAAAAAUAUUUUAUGAACAUGUUAAUAAAUUUAAUUCAUUUAUUGUACAUACUCAAUCAGAACGGAGUGAAACAAAACAAUUGAAUGCACACACAAAUGAUCUAAUUAAUUUUAAAUCUGAAUUUUCAAAAAAUCAAAACAAUAAAAAUUGUAUAAAUAAAGAAGACAAAAAUAUUACCUAUUAUAAUGGUAUGUCAUAUGAAGCGAAUGAAGUAUUUGAAAAAAUAGACAAUAAAAUUGUGAUGGAAAAUAGAAAAAAGUGUAAUGAUAUAUAUAAUAUUGAAAGAAAUAUUAAAUUAAAUCAAACUAAUAGUAUAUCAAAAGACCACAAAAAAAAUAAUAAUUCAGAUGGGGCAUUGAUUGAAAAAGAAGAUGAACAAUAUAAAUAUGAAGGUCCUGAAGAAAAAGUAAGAAAAUUAAAAUUAAGUAAUAGUGAUUAUAAUAAUUAUAAAAUGUAUGACAAUAGCAAUAAUAAUUAUGAACAAAAUAAAGGAAAAAAUAUUCCCACUCAUAUUUUUUUAAAACAAGAAUAUUUAAUUUACGAUUCUGAUAAAUUUGCUUUAAUACUUUUUAAUAUAAUUCAUAAAGAAUUUAUAUCAAAUAAUUCAUCAAAAAUUGUUAUCAUUAUGCCAACUGUAAAAAUGUUACAAUUUAUAUAUGCUAUUUUUAAGCACUAUAUAUUUAAAGGGUAUUUAUUUUUGCUAUAUCUAAAAUGUAAUAAGUUUACAAAUAAUUUUAAAAAUAAUAUUAACAAUUUUUGUAAUUCUUUUUAUUAUGAUAAAGAAAAUGUCAACUUCUCCAUUUCUUCAAACCCUUUUGUAUUUACUGAUUUAUCAAUUAGUCAAAUUAAUAUAAAUGCAGAAUCAAAUAUCAAAGAGGAUAAACUUUUAGAUGAAAAUAUGUUUAAAUCCACUUGUUUGAAUCGCCAUGAAAAAUAUUAUCAAAAAAAAAAUCAAUUUAUAAAUGACGAACAAAAUACCGAAACUGAUCAUUCGGAAGGAUUAAAUUAUGAAAAGGAAUUUGAAGCGUUAAAAGAUAUUGUAAUUUUAUGUUUACAUAGCAAAUUAAGUUUAGACAAAAAAAUGUAUACAUUAGACACAUUUAAUAAUAAUAGUGAAAACAUAAAUAAAAAGCGAAGAAACAAAAUAUUGUUUUCAUCAUCUUUAUUAUAUCAAGGAAUAGAAAUUGACAAUGUAGAUUUGGUAAUACAAGUAGGUAUUCGGACAAAUAUCGAUGAAUACAUAUUAACAACAAAUAUAUCAAUAGCCAAAAAUACAACGGGAAGAAGUUUACUUUUAUUAAAUGAAUUAGAAGGCCAUUAUUUAUAUAGCCUUUAUAAAAAUAACAUUAUGAUUAGUAGCGUAAGCAAAGAUUAUUUAAAUUAUUUAUAUAAAGACAAUAGUAUUUUGGAAUAUUUAUUAAAAUAUAAAAGAGAUAGAAAAAUAAUUCCACAAAAUUAUAGUAAAGAAGAUAUUACCAAUUUAAAUGAUUUAGUUGUUGAAUAUAAAAAUGAAAAUAAAGAAAAAGACAACAACCACAAUUAUUUUUAUAAUUAUCCAUUAAAACAUAUAGAGUGGCACACACAUAAGCAUUUACUUUGUUCAUGUGAAUUAAUGUAUAGAUCAUUACUCGGCUUUUAUUGUGAAAAAAAUAACUUUUUAAAAUACGAGAAAUGGCAAGUACCUAGUUUAAUUAAAAAUAUUAUUUAUUCAUUUGGAUAUUUCGAAAAUUUUUAUAUAACAAAAUGUAUGGCUGCUAGGCUUCAAAUUAUAAAUGCACCUGACUUGUACAUAAAAUUUAAUGCUACACCAAAAACUGUCUUAAUGUCUUCAUUACCAUCUUACAAAGGAUACAAAUCAAAAAUCAACGAAUUAAAACAAAAACAUGCCACUAAUUCAUUUGGUUUGCAAGAAAAUCCCGAUCCUUGUGAUAAAUCAUACCUUUGA